AUGGCAUCAAUCCCCUAUACGGACCUCGACCCCGAGAAAAGGGAGAUUAGGCUCUUGGAGGUCGUUUGCGAGCCUGCGAACACUCAGUUUUCGUACAGAUUGCAUAAUGUAUCUUUGGAUGACAACCCGUACUUCAUUGCCUUGUCCUACGUCUGGGGUGACCACCUCGUGACCGAAAACAUCAAUGUCGAUGGCUUCAAGACACCAGUCACAGUCAAUCUCGCGACCGCUCUGAGAAAUGUCAAAAAGCACUGGCUAGACAUCCAAAGUGGGCGAAACACUGGUCGCGAUGCCGUCCAGUUCCGAAUCUGGGCGGAUGCGAUUUGCAUCAACCAGCAGAACCUACCGGAGAAGUCGGAACAGGUUCCGUUGAUGAAAGAUAUCUAUUCAAACGCAGAUUUUGUGUUUGCAUGGUUAUCUUCUGAAGACGGAGAAAUCUCGACAAGCUUAGAGAUGCUGGAAACUGCAUUCUACCUCGUCAAGAUACUUGUCCACAUCAACUUCGGACGGCAACUGGAUAUUACUGAUGACGAAUGGGCCGAAACCACUCACACCCUGAAUCAUUCUGUUAACUGGGCUGAAAUGGUCCCUCUGGUUUUGACGCGAUUCGGGUAUUCUAGCAGAGAAGAGCGCGAAAUCUUUCCAGCCUCCAGUUGCUGGACAGCUUUGAAAAAGCUGGCAGACUUGUCCUAUUGGUCCCGUGUCUGGAUAUUGCAGGAGCUGAUGUUGCCUAAGUCUCUCUACUUCGCCUGUCCAUCGCGAUCCCUCGACCAUUUUAAAGCAAUAAUGGCUGUUACUGGUAUCAUGGAAGUCUUGGGGGCUAUCCAGCGCGGUCAAACACGCGACGUGGGUGCUCUAGGCCGCUCCAGAGCGUCAAUAAUUCGUUCACAGCUGUUCCUCGUUCAAUGGCGUCUGAAUCUCAGACAAGCGUUUCACCUGCAAGGUUACGAAGAUUCUUGCCUAUAUCAUGUGCUCAGUUCCACCUUGUUUGGUACCAUCAGAGCAACCGAUCCUAGAGAUUACGUCUAUGGGGUGCUGGCAAUCACAAAGCUCGAUAUUACACCAGAUUACCGCGCCUCCAUACGAAAAGUCUAUUUGGACUACGCAAGAAAGUUAGUCAACCGCUGGAGCACUCUUUGGCAACCACCAGAUCGAACAAACGGGCGUCUAUUUUUCUUGUCGCUUUGCGCAGCAGGAGUACAAAGAAAUGGGGAUCUUCCCACUUGGGUCCCAGCGUUCAAUGACCUACGCCCUCAGGGGUGGUUCAUGAACGUAAGGACUUCGUCUAGUCUCGCGUUUCGGGACGUCGCUGAGCUGCGCCGGGCUUCUGAAGUCCGCAUUUCCGAUACCAGUCUGUGGGUGGCAGGUGUAAAAGCGCAGAAGAUCACAUACCAGUACCACAAGCCACUUGGGGCGGAUUUCUGGACCAAAGACCUGCUGGACUGCUUCGAGACUUUGCUGGCUGGGCGAAAGUCGACAUAUAUCACCGGAAAGCCGCUGGUGGACGUCAUCUGCUGCACUCUGUUGCAGAGACUGUACAGUGAAUAUGAUCUUCGACGGAUUGCAUCGCUCUUUCUCUACUUCUACAAAUGGGUACCGUCUGGCAAGAUUGGAGGGGAACUAAGGCAGGCCAUGGAGGGGCUUGAUGAAAUGGAAAUGAGAGACAAUAUGGAAGCGAUGCUGGCUGAGUGGACUCCCAUUAUGAGCGAGAAUACCGGUUGUCGAUUGGUCGGGACUGACGACUACAUUGGGAUAGCUGGAGGCGAUGUUCAAAAUGACGAUAUUGUCUGUGUGUUGAAAGACUGCGACAGCCCAGUUAUUCUGAGGCCCGAGGGAGACCACUUUCUUUUUGUAAGCUCGUGCUUCAUGCUGGGACUCAUGGAGGGUGAGGUAUCUGAAAUGCUACGCUCUCAGAUGGCAGAAGUCGAGACCUUUGAGAUUCGCUAG